AUGCUCGAGGACGCUUCCGACGGCUGCCUCCACAUACACGACGUAGAGGAGGGCACGCUUCGGAAGCUGCUGAACUUCCUGUACACUGACCGGCUGCCUCCGCCGGAGGCUCUCUCCGAUAGCAUGCUGAUGGCGGCCCACGUGUUCGGCCUGCCCGUCCUCAAGAAGCACGCCGAGCUCGAGUCGGUCAAGAGGCUCGGCGUGGAGAACGCGGCCGCCAGCGCCGUGCUGGCCGCCACCCACGGCUGCCCCCUGCUGGAGACCGUGGCCGUCGACUUCAUCAGGCGGCACAUCACCGAAGUCAUGGCCACGGACGGCUGGAAGGCUGCACUGCGCAACAACACGGAAACGGCUAUAGUCUCACUAUCGAUAGCUCUGACUUUGAGCGUAAUACGC